UAGAGACAGGGUUUCGCCAUGUUGGCCAGGCUGGUCUCGAACUCCUGACCUCAGGUGAUCUGCCUGCCUUGGCCUAUUUGAUAGUUUCUGAAUGGUCUGUUCCAUUCUGUCUUUUCUAGGUUGCUAGGAUGAACAGGAGCCACAAUUUUAUUAUGCUUGGUUAUGUUAUUAGCUUUGGCUAUUAAGUAGUGUCGUGAAUCCCUCCCUCUGUUAUUUGGGCUAAAGCCAUGUCCUUCCAAUGCCCUUUAGGGCUCUCUUUGAUUCUUUUUCCAAUGGCCAUCCCUCCAUUUUUCCAGCCACCCACUAGGUUUCUCAUCAUCCAGGAAUAUUGUGUAUAUUGCUUACAGAGUUUGAUCCUCCCAUCACAUGUCCCCUUUGGUAGUGCCAGGAAUUUUCCCACACUCCAGCAGCCAAUCCCUCUUCUUCUUGUCAGGAGAAGAUAUUCUUGGGGAGUAUUGUGAAAGGGAAGGUUUUGGGACUAGGUUUGGGGCCAUCCCUAGUCCUGCCCAUACCUCAGCUGAUACUCUGGGCAAGGUGUACACCUCUAGCCUGAACUGAGCUCUCGUCCCAACUCUCAGCAUCAUCAUGAUGUUAAGCUGCCUCUUUCUUCUGAAGGCACUUCUUGCUCUUGGGUCCCUGGAAUCCUGGAUAACUGCAGGAGAACAUGGAAGAGGACACCCACCCUCGUACCUGGUCCCUGGCAAGAGGCAGCUCUGCAGGGAAGUCUGUGACUGCCUGGCCAGACUUAGGGCUCAUGCUCUGGUCAGAGUCAUGGCACCCCAGACUCUGCUGCCUGUCCUGGUUCUCUGUGUGCUGCUGCUGCAGGCCCAGGGAGGAUACCGUGACAAGAUGAGGAUGCAGAGAAUCAAGGUCUGUGAGAAGCGACCCAGCAUAGAUCUAUGCAUCCACCACUGUUCAUAUUUCCAAAAGUGUGAAACAAAUAAGAUAUGCUGUUCAGCCUUCUGUGGGAACGUUUGCAUGAGCAUCCUGUGAGUGGGAGAGUGGGCUGAGAUGUGCAUCCUGCUCCCUGAACCCUUCCAUCCGAGACUGUGCCCACAUCCAAAGCACAAGGACAUCAAAUCAUCAGCACAAGAACAUCAACAGGAAUGCCACCCUCCCCACUGUCUGAACUCCCUGUCCCUGUCAAAUAAACCAGAACAAAUGCC